GGGCCUUACGCCCGGCCUGGCCUGCCGGGUGGUACCCGGCUGUGCCCUCUUGUGCCCCGUUGCCAUGGCGGCCAGGGGGCAUCUGCAGACCCUGCUGUUCGCCGUCAACGUCCUGCUGAGGAAACGGCGAUACCAGGCCGCCCUGGCCCUUCUCAAAGGCUUCCGGAACGGAUUGGUCUACGGGGCCAAAAUCAGAGCUCCUCACGCGUUGGUGAUGACGUUCCUCUUCAGGAGUGGAAGCCUGCGCGAGAAGCUCAAAGCCAUCGCCCAGGCCACGUACACACACUCCCGGAACCUGGCGUGCUUCGUGUUCACGUACAAGGGGCUGUGCGCCCUGCAGUCUCGGAUGCAGGGGCAGAAGUCCCAGCUGCACUCUUUCCUGGCAGCUUGUGUCGGGGGCUGGCUGGUGUUUGGAGCAAACAACAAUAUCAACAGUCAGAUAAACAUGUACCUACUGUCACGCGUCCUGUUCGGGUUGUCCCGGCUGGCCGUGGACCAGGGCUACAUCCCGGAGCCCAAGCGCGACCCCUUCCCCCUGUUUGCGGCUGUGGUGUGGGGGCUUGUGCUCUGGCUGUUUGAGUACCACCGGACCACCCUCCAGCCGUCCCUCCAGUCCUCCAUGACCUACCUGUACGACGACAGCAACGUCUGGCAUGACCUAUCCGACUUCCUCCUCUAUAACAAGAGCAGCCCUCCUGCAGGGAAGUAACACUGCACCCCCCCAACCCCUCUCCCCCCAGCCCAGACCCCCCAAAAACUGGACCACGGGGAGUUCUUGUCCGAAAAGGGUAAAAAGCAAAGUGUGCUUGUUUGUUUCUUGGUACUCACAUGGCAUAACCACAUCCUCUUGUCGGUGUUCUGGGCUGCUCUGUGAAUGGCCCUCCCUCCCUCCGGGACUUGGGCCUACACUGUAACCCGUGACAACUGUCUGCUGUCCAGAACACCCCCCGCCCAACACUCAGUGCCUUGUCCAGACCCGCUCCCUUCUUCACUACCAGCCAACGUGGUAUCGUUGGUUGUCUCGGGCUCCCAGAGCGCGUUUCCGUAGCCCACGGGGUUGCUUUGUAGUCUUUUGGCUUCUGAUAGGUGGAAGUUCCCUACGGCAGUGUUGUGGGAUGUGGGGGUUUGCCUGGUGGGCAGGACAGACGGCCUCCACAGUCUAGGUGAGCAGUGGGAAUGGCCCACUGGGAAAUGCCCUCUCGAGGGCCUUCUCUCUCCUGAGGAGCCUGGAGUGACUUGCGCGCUCUCCAUGCAUCCGGCUGACCCUCCGUCCAUGGAGAAGACCCCUGGGCUCCUCGACGCUGUCUUUGUGGUGCCGGAGAGAGGGGUCGAUGCGUGAGGCCUCUCCAGUGACCGCCUGGGCGCUUCCCUGUGCUCUGACAGCCUGGGGAUUUGGGGAAGGGAGAGCAGGAGGGGACACUCCCUUCUACAUGCCUCUGCUACCCCCAGGAAACAGAACCAAGCUGCGGGUGUGGCUUCUCGCUGGACUGGAGCCUAGAUAUUCCCAGUGUGGGAAAGGCCCUGCUGCCGGGGCCCAGUCUUUGAUGACCCCUGACCACCCCUCCCAGGGUGGUGGGCCACAGUGGGGAGCUGGGCCGGCGCCGUCGUCUUGGUCUUCACCCCACCUGUUAGCCAGUGACUUUUCAGGAUUCACACUGGGCCCUUCUACCCCGCGGACCCCACGGGGUGGUUCUUGGGUGAGAAACCUUCCCCACUGCCGGCACGGCCCUAACGGUCACUCCCUUGAUUCCACAGCCAGCAGUAGAACCCGGGUUUGCCAGUUUCCAGAGCCGCACUCUUUCCCCUAGAACCCCAGCAGGGCAAAAUGGGUGCCCUGUGAAGGGAUUACUGUCCCGAUAAACAGGGAUAACCAGCGUCAACACUUGGGAAAACAGAAGGGCUUUCUGCACCAGCUAAGGUGUUGAUAUUUUUUUGACUCCCUGUUUCUUAUGCGACUAGUUCCACACUAUCCGAGGAACCGCAGAGGGAUACGUCCCUUGAUAAUCAGAGUAUCUUUUUGGUCUCAACUGCCAAGACUGUACCGAGAGGUCAAGCCAGCACAUAUGCAUCUAUCAAGGUGGGAUGCAGCUUCGCUUCCCAGCCACCCCACCCUCCCAACAUCAUACCUCAUUUCUCCAAGAGGUGAAAAUUUAAUCAUGCAGUUGCAUUGUUUUUGGAACAUAUUUUCUUUUUCAUUAUUCAUUUACUAUCACGAGAAAACAAACUCACCAACUAUAAUAUCGGAACAGGUAACAAAAAAAUCAAACCAUCUACCCACUAGCCCCUACAUUCCCAUUGAGCCACUGGUGAUAACACUAUUUUUCCCAUUUUUCCAGCAGCUCACCUUCUGACUGCGUACCUCGCCUGCCUCUUGCUUGCCUCCCCUCACUCUCACCAACCCCAGGCCCAAAGUGGCCUCCCACCUCCUAGUCUUCCUGACCACAGCUCAAUCUCUUCCCAUCUUCCAAGCCCUCCUGAAAUUCCCCUUCCUUCAGGAAGCCUCUCUUGAAUAAUUCACCGCACUCUAAUUGCAUCAAACCACCACCCCUUAGCACUUAUAUAUUUAAUCCUAUUACUUCUCCUCAGUAUAAAUUUGUUUUAAUUUGGA